AAGGAUGAGAGUGGAAUCUACAACAACAUGAAAAAAAGUGAAAAAAAAAACACUGUUGUAACAAAAGGAGGUCAGAGAAAGAAAGAGAGAGAUAGAGAGAGGUUGUCUGUUUCAGCUUUUCAACAACACAACACAACACAUUGUUUUUCUGUGUAGAUCCCACACAACACAACCCAAAGCAAGCGAAGGCAAAGCAGUAGUGGUCAGCAUCAGAGCCCCACAAACGGUAUAGGAAUAUCUGUCUCUGCUGAAUUCAACUGAAGUGGAGAACACUAAGAAUGCUAAAGAGCAAUGAGGAACCUUCCAAUCUCAGUCUCAGGAAGCCACCCUUGAAGCGCAGCAAGACUAUUGCCAAUCCCAGGCACACAACCUCUGUCUCUGUAACUUCUAAUACUCCCCAUUUUCCUGUCUCUGUCUCUGAUUCUGACGAGCAAUGGAACUACCCUUCUUUCCUUCGCACCACCACCAAGAAAAAAAAACCAUCUUUCAAACCUUCCAACACCCACAACCUCAACCUUCCCAAACCCUCACUCGUUCCACCGCCGCCACCUAUUCCUGCUCCUCCUCCUCCUUCUUCCUCCUCGCCACCUCGUUCCCAACACACCAUAACUCAAUACUACAACCUCUCUCCGAUCUUGUAUCUGCUUGUUAUUACUUCUAUUGUUUUUGUUCCCCAUUCCGCUUAUCUACAAUAUAGGCUCAGAAAAUUGGAGAAUGAGAAACUUCACCUGUGCUGCGAAAUAGAUUUUUGUCCUGACAAUAGAAAGACAUCUAUCGGAAAAGGCGAUGGUUCAUUUUCUUAUGUCCCGAACACUGACAGUAGAACAGUUGCUUUGUAUAUUGUGGUGGUCAUCCUCAUUUUGCCCUUUGUGUUGUACAAAUAUCUUGAUUAUCUUCCUCAUAUAAUAAAUUGCUUGAGGAGAACAAAUGAUAACAAGGAGGAUGUACCAUUGAAGAAGAGAGUUGCUUAUAUGGUAGAUGUAUUUUUCUCCAUAUAUCCUUACGCAAAGCUACUUGCCCUUCUCUUCGCAACUCUAUUUCUUAUAGGAUUUGGUGGUUUAGCUUUGUAUGCUGUGACUGGCGGUAGCUUUGCUGAAGCUCUUUGGCAUUCUUGGACUUAUGUAGCCGACUCAGGAAAUCAUGCUGAAACUGAAGGAACCGGACAGAGGAUUGUCUCUGUCUCAAUUAGUUCAGGUGGUAUGCUGAUAUUUGCUAUGAUGCUUGGACUUGUGUCAGAUGCUAUAUCAGAAAAGGUAGAUUCUCUCAGAAAAGGGAAGAGUGAAGUGAUUGAAAAGAACCACAUACUCAUUCUUGGGUGGAGUGACAAAUUGGGUUCACUUCUGAAGCAGCUAGCAAUAGCAAAUAAGAGUGUUGGUGGUGGUGUUAUAGUAGUGCUUGCAGAAAAAGAAAAGGAGGAAAUGGAAAUGGAUAUAGCAAAGCUUGAAUUUGAUUUCAUGGGGACAUCCGUGAUUUGUAGAAGUGGCAGUCCUCUUAUACUGGCUGACCUAAAGAAGGUUUCAGUUUCUAAGGCACGUGCAAUUAUUGUAUUAGCUUCAGAUGAAAAUGCAGAUCAGAGUGAUGCACGUGCUUUGAGAGUUGUUCUUAGCCUAACAGGCGUAAGGGAGGGCUUAGGGGGUCAUGUUGUUGUGGAGAUGAGUGACCUUGACAAUGAACCUCUAGUGAAACUUGUUGGCGGAGAACUCAUUGAAACAGUUGUUGCACAUGAUGUAAUUGGGCGUUUGAUGAUUCAAUGUGCUCUACAGCCUGGCCUUGCACAGAUAUGGGAGGAUAUUUUGGGAUUUGAGAAUGCCGAGUUUUACAUCAAAAGGUGGCCUCAAUUGGAUGGUCUCUUUUUCAAAGAUGUAUUAAUUUCAUUUCCUGAUGCAAUACCUUGUGGAGUUAAGGUUGCUGCUGAUGGGGGAAAGAUUAUCAUCAAUCCAGAUGAUAGUUAUGUUCUGAGAGAUGGGGAUGAAGUCCUUGUCAUAGCUGAGGAUGACGACACUUAUGCUCCAGGUCCUCUUCCAGAGGUAUGUAAGGGACUUUGCCCGAGGAUACGUGAUCCACCUAAAUUUCCAGAGAAGAUACUAUUUUGUGGCUGGCGCCGUGAUAUUGAUGAUAUGAUCAUGGUUUUAGAGGCACUCUUGGCUCCUGGUUCAGAGCUUUGGAUGUUCAACGAGGUCCCCGAAAAGGAAAGAGAGAAGAAGCUUGUUGAUGGUGGACUUGAUGUUUCUGAGCUAGAAAACAUAAAACUUGUCCAUAGGGAGGGGAAUGCUGUAAUUAGGCGGCACCUGGAGGGUCUUCCACUGGAGACUUUUGAUUCUAUCCUUAUUCUUGCAGAUGAGUCAGUGGAGGACUCUGUUGCUCACUCUGACUCAAGGUCUCUAGCUACCCUUCUACUCAUUCGUGACAUACAGUCAAGACGCCUCCCAUACAAAGACACGAAGUCAACUUCUCUGAGGUUAUCUGGGUUCUCUCACAACUCUUGGAUCCGUGAAAUGCAGCAAGCUUCUGAUAGAUCAAUUAUAAUUAGUGAAAUUUUGGAUUCUAGGACUAGAAAUCUAGUGUCUGUCUCCAGAAUCAGUGAUUAUGUGUUAUCUAAUGAGCUGGUUAGCAUGGCACUAGCAAUGGUAGCCGAAGACAAGCAAAUCAACCGAGUUCUAGAGGAAUUAUUUGCAGAGGAGGGAAACGAGAUGUGUAUCAAACCAGCAGAGUUCUAUUUAUUUGACCAGGAAGAACUGUGCUUUUACGAUAUAAUGAUUAGGGGUCGAACAAGAAAGGAGAUUGUUAUCGGCUAUCGCUUGGCUAACCAAGAUCGAGCCAUUAUCAACCCUUCAGAAAAGUCAGAGCCAAGAAAAUGGUCCCUUGGUGAUGUUUUUGUUGUUGUUGCCAAAGGAGAUUGAUUUUUUUCCUUUAUGCCGUGAUGAAGAUGAUGAUUGUUAUUCAUUUCAAACUAGCUGGGAACUUGGAGGCUCCUAAAAGUUGAAGGACCUGAGAUUUUGCCCGUCAAAAGAUUCUUCUAGAUUUUGGUUAAUCUCUUUAUUUGAUGUGGAAUUAUGUUUAUAACAUCACUGCAACUUGUAAAAUAAUGUCUCAUAUAGGUAACUGAGAAGGAGUUAAAGUGUAGAGUAACUCUUUAACAUAUAUGUAGAAACUAUGAUGAACUCAUUGUUCAAUGAUAAAAAAAGAGAUUUUUCUGUAA